GCCGAAAAUAACACCAGUAUUGCGUUGAAAAUGUGUCGAAAUAUCUAUUCUUGGUUAGUAACUGUGUGCUUGGCGUGUAUUUGCUCAAAAACAUUACCCAGCGUGGCUGGUUCAAUAAAUAACGCAGGAGAGGGCCGCUUCAUACCAGCCCUGCUUGCAAUCCCAUCGGCUCCCGCCCGUCAUCAGAUGAUUACCGGUCUUGGUGUCCCUUUAACAGGUCCUGAAGCCAUCACCACCGGAUGGGUUUUCAAAGUGCAAUAUGCUGUGCCAGCUUCCAUAGCACAGUUGAGACCUCAUUUAUGGGAAGGAUGGAACGAAACCAAACCCUCAAUUAAGAAGCGCGAUGUAGCAUCCGUAUUGCCCGGUCAACAUUACGAAAAUUAUACGGCAUUAGACGUAGCAAUGGAUUCGGAGCCCCUACCGGACGAAGAUGAGAACGAUUUCGAUGAUGGAGAUGACAGUUAUUGGCUUGAUGGGGAGGAUGAUACGCCACCAGAAGAUGCACAAGAAAGUAUCCCUUCGAUCGAAUCGGCGGAGGGAUACAACGCAGAACAUUCCCGAUGGACAACGUACAGAACGUUAGAGAAAAUUGGCGAAACUUAUGGUGCUGGAGGCAGAGCUUGCGUAUUGCGGAGUAUUUGCGAGGCAGCUGAGGCAAAAUUCACUCAUACUGGUGGGAUAUUUUCCGAAUUAUUACACAUUAUAUUCACACCGUCAACUACAACGGAAUCACUUUCGGAACACAGCGACAAUGAGUACUAUCGAGCGGAACAGUUCGGCCGGGAGGGAGCACCUUGUCAUCUAAUUUUCCAAGAGUGCAGCCAUUCGAUUCUAGAUGUUUUCACCGGUAUUCACGAUCCAGCACUCGAUUCGGUAACCAUUGGUCAUAAACAAUUGUUGGAGAAGUUCAUGAAAUAA